AUGGACCCGAAGGCUGGCGGCGGCGGCGAGGAGGAGGACUGCGUGGACUCGGGCGCUGAGACCGGAGGGUCUGACUACAGCCACCUGUCCUCUACCAGCAGUGAGCUUUCCGUGGAAGAGGCGCAGGACCCAUUCCUGGUCAGCAUCCACAUAAUCGCAGACCCAGGCGAGUCCCAACCCCUGCAGGAGGCCAUCGACAAGGUCCUGGCGUGGAUCCACCCGGACCUGCCGCUGUUCCGGGUGUCGGAGAGGCGCGCCUGCCGACGGCGGCGGAAGGCCCCCAAGGGCGCGCAGCCGGCGCUGGCGGUGGUGCUGUUCUUGCAGGAGGAGUAUGGCGAGGAGCAGAUCCUGCAGCUGCACCGCACGCUGCAGCGGCCGCCCUGGCGCCACCACCACACCGAGCGCGUGCAGGGCCGCUUCCUGCCCUACCUGCCCUGCAGCCAGGACUUCUUCACGCUGGCCCCCGGGACGCCGCUGUGGGCCAUCCGGCCCGUGCACUACGGCAAGGAGAUCGUGCGCUUCACCAUCUACUGCAGCCACGACAACUACGCCGACAGCCAGCGGUUCUACGAGCUGAUUCUCCGGCGGACCCCCAGCCAGAGGAAAACGGACUUCUGCAUCUUCCCCGUUUUCUCUAAUCUGGACGUGGACAUCCAGUUCUCCCUGAAAAGACUGCCCUGUGACCAGAGCCCGAUCCCCACCGACUCCUCCGUGCUGGAGUUCCGAGUAAGGGACAUCGGCGAGCUCGUGCCCCUCCUGCCCAACCCCUGCAGCCCCAUCAGUGAGGGGCGCUGGCAGACGGAGGACCACGACGGGAACAAGAUCCUUCUGCAGGCACAAAGGGUGCACAAGAAGGUUCCCAAACCCGGCAGAGCGCACCACUCCUCCGGGAAGAGACCUCAUUCCAUUCCUUCACCGUGCGCCACUGCAGCGAGCCGUACGUCUGGCGGCAGCCACCAGCCCCCGCUCAACAGUCCACACCCGGGGCCCGGCUGGACAGGCCUGCCUCCUGGGCACCAGCAGGAAUUUGCCAGACAAGCUAGUAGCACCCCUAGCCCUCCCUGGUCUUUCCAGAGAAGCAAGUCCUUGUUUUGUUUGCCCACAGGUGGCCCCUCCCCAGCCUCCGCAGCUGAACCUCGGUGGUUUGCAAACACAGGUGCCCCAGAGCACAGGGCAGCGGAGCGGAGGCACGGCCCCCUCCUCUCCAUAGAUGACCUAGAGGGGGCCCAAGAGACAGAUGUGGACACAGGCCUGCGGCUGUCCUCUUCAGACCUGUCCGUGGUCUCUGCAUAUUCUGCCCCCAGUAGGUUCUGCAGCACAGUGGAAACACCCCUCCCCUCCGACAGAUGCAGCAGCCGCUGGUCCACACACAAGGAUUCCAGAGACGGACCACUGCCUGCUGUCAGCGGGGUGACCGCAGACGCCUCCUGGGCUUCCCUCCCUUUCUCCAGCAAAGGGUCUUCCAGCUCCUCGGGGACAGCUGGCGCUGCUCCCCCAUCUCCCAGCGCCUCCUCCCGGCAACUCCCUUCUGAUGCUCCCAAAGGGGAGUGGACUGGCAGAGACGUGCCACUACCCCCAGGAUCUGCUGGUCCUGGGGACAAUGACAUGGAGGAAUUUUACAUCUGA